ACAGCAUCUCAGUUUCAUCCAAGCAAACCCGCCCCGCAUUGCCCCACCUGAACAUCUCAACCACCAAAACAGCGCCAACAAGACAAUCCACCAACACCAAUACUCAAUCCCUUCGAAAUGCCCAAGGUAUACGUUGCAAUCAUCGGUAGUCCCCAUGCCCCAGUUUAAAUUUGCAAUUGACUGACAAACCCUCUCCGUAGGCGCCGGCGGCGUCGGUAAAUCCUUCAUCAGCCAACUAAAUUCCUACGCCCUCCGCAGCAAAAAGCACACAAUAAGCACGAUUCUCAUCUCCCGCUCUUCGAAAGCCAUCCUGUCGAGAGACUACUCGGGGCUAAACCUGGCCACCUGGGAAUCCGACAUUGCCUCCAGCAGCGUCAGCGUCAAGCCCCCCAGCUUCCCGGACGAAACCCUCAAAUUCCUGACCUCCGCUCCGGGCCCGGUGAUUCUCGUUGACAACACUUCCUCUGAAGCAAUCGCGGCAGAGUACCCGCGCUUCCUAUCUUCGGGUGUGCACCUCGUCACGCCGAACAAGAAAGGCUUCUCCAGCUCGCUAGACCUGUUCAAGGCGAUCUACGCUGCGAGCGGAGCCCAGAAUGGUGGAUAUGUAUUCCACGAGGCUACAGUAGGCGCGGGACUUCCGGUACUGAGCACGCUGAAGGACUUGAUAGAUACAGGGGACGAAAUAGUCAAGAUCGAGGGUGUAUUCUCUGGGACGAUGAGUUACCUGUUCAACUCCUUCGCUCCGCUCUCGCCCUCCGGUUCUGAAAAGCCCUUCUCGGCUUGCGUCGCCGAAGCAAGAGAACUUGGGUACACAGAGCCCGAUCCGAGAGACGACCUCAACGGCCUCGACGUCGCGCGCAAGUUGACGAUCCUGGCCCGUCUCUCGGGACUGCAAGUCUCGGAGCCAACGUCCUUCCCCAUCCAGUCCCUGAUUCCGAAACCUUUAGAGUCCGCUACUAGCGCGGAGGAGUUCCUGGUUGGGCUAGCAGGCUUUGACGGUGAAAUAGACAAGGUCAAGACGGCGGCGGAGAGCGAGGGCGCGGUGGUUAGGUAUGUUGGCAGUCUAGACGUCGGGAAGGGAGAGGUUAGUGUUGGCUUGAGGAACUUUGAUAGGGGUAGUGCGAUUGCGGGGUUGAAGGGGAGUGACAAUAUUAUCAGCUUCUAUACUAGGAGGUAUGGGGAGAGGGCGAUGAUUGUGCAGGGGGCUGGGUGAGUUUUAAUGCAUUUCUCCCGAGCAGGGUACUAUGGCUAACAAGCACUCUUGCGCGUGAGUAGUGCUGGCGCAGAGGUUACGGCUAUGGGUGUUCUUGGCGACCUUAUUAAGGUUUUGGAGAGAUUGAAGUAGCUAUCAUCCCUUCAACUCCCCAAUUGGCGGGUAUAGGGGAAGCUGCCUUGUCACUGAAAUGGUAUACCUCAAAAAAAAAUAAGCUCCUUGUUAUUCAUCU